AUCUAGAUACCUAAAUCCCUAGGUAGGUAUAUGUAUUAUAAAACACACACACCAACAACCUCGUGAAGUUUACAAAUUCGCCAAGAAAGUCACUCAUUUGCAUGAACAUUGUCUCCCGAAUCCAUUGUACCAUAAUGGCAUUUAUCUUAUCAACGUCUAGCAUGUUUGGGCCGGGCGUGGCUACAGCUAUCUUGCUAGUUUCCUAUAUUCUCAGCAUUGCUUUCUAUCGCCUCUUCUUGAGCCCUCUAGCUAAGAUACCCGGCCCCAAAUUGGCCGCACUCACAUACUGGUACGAAUGUUACUAUGAUGUCUUCCGGCCAGCUCAAUAUGUAUUCAAAAUCAAAGAGCUGCAUCGGGUCUACGGACCUAUAAUUCGCAUCACACCCGCCGAAGUGUCAAUUGCCGAUCCGGACUUUGUAGAUGCUAUAUAUUCUCCGGGCCCCGGUCAAAAGCGAGAUAAAGACAUCCAAAAAGUGAAGGCUUUGGGCAUCAAUACGUCAAUCGGAGGUGCUGUGGCCCACGACCUGCAUCGUCAUCGACGCGAGGCUCUCAAUCCCUUCUUUUCCCACCGAAGCAUUACUAGGCUGGCUCCAAAGAUGGACGACAAAGUUGGGCAGUUGGAAGAUCUCUUUCUCCGGGCAAAAGAAUCUACUGAAGUGGUGAAUCUUUCAGAUCUAUACUACGGCUUCGCUAACGAUAUAUUGAAUGAGUAUUGCUUCGGUCGCAACGAGAAUCUCGUGAGUGACAAGGCCCUAGCUCAUGCUAAACGCGAGAAUGUGAACGGUGUUCUACGAGCCGUCAAAUUCAAUCUCCAUUUCUCCUGGGUUAGGGACCUGAUGCGUAGACUCCCACCCAGCAUAGGUGCGAAAAUGACACCACCAGGUAUUCGGGAUAUGAUACGUUUCCGAAUCGGAAUCCGCAAGGAAAUCCAAGCCGUUGUCAAUCAGAAAACUAAGGGUCGCGAUGAGGGAGCGACAAAGUCCAUAUUCCAUGAGCUACGGGAUAGCUCCAUACUCCCGGAAUCAGAGAAAUCGCCCCAAAGACUCGAGGACGAAGCCACACUACUAGUUAUGGCAGGGACUCAAUCGACACAGUUAUCCUUGACGAUGGCACAUUAUCAUCUCUUGGCUAACCCUGCUAUCAUGGCCAAGCUUCGCACCGAGCUAGCAUCGCAUCCGUCUAGCACACUCAUCCAACUUGAACAGCUUCCAUAUUUAAACGGCGUAAUUCAAGAAGCGCAUCGCCUCGCCUUUGGGCUUACGGGACGGAAUGCGCGCGUCUCGCCAGACCAACCUGUUGAUUAUACCGACCUCUCAACCGGGCAUACUUAUGUUAUACCAUCCGGAACCUCGAUUAGUACCUCAACGCUCCUUGUACACGCCAACGAGGAUAUCUUUCCCGACCCCUUCGUAUUCAACCCCGAGCGGUGGUUAGGAUCGGCCGGUCUAGUGCGGCGCAAAUACCAGCUAACAUUCUCCAAGGGUCCGCGCACUUGUAUCGGGAUGCAUCUUGCAAAUGCUGAGAUGGCAGUAGCCAUAGCUGCCAUGGCGCGCUGGGAUAUGAAACUGUUCGAGACGGAAAACCAGGAUGUGGAGUUCUUGCAUGAUUACCAUGUUGCUACGCCGAAAUUAGAUUCGAAAGGGGUGAGAGUGACUGUUGCGAGUAGAGUAGCUUAGGUAGGAAGCCAUUAUAACCGUUGACCAUC